GACAGGUUGGACUGAUCCCCAGGGAGCAGCUCCCACCGUGAUCCGCGCUCAUGGAAACUUCGAAGGCUGGGGAUUCUAAGUCGUGCCCGGGGAAACAAUCCGGUUAACAACUAAUCGGUGGUGCCGCAGUUUAUUGGAAUUUCGAAAUGACAAGAGAGAGAAUGAGUGGGAGAGAGAGAGGCCAGGUGCGGAUCAGCAAGCUGCAACAUGACAGACAGUGAAUUCCUUCCGCGUGAAGAAAGGUGUGAGUGCGGGAUAGAGGGAGCGGGCAGAACGCGGGAAGUCGACAUAAACGGUUAUACCGGUUGACAUCGGACUCGAUCUCGGACUGGAUAUCGGACUCGCAACUUCUGCGUCUGCGUCCGCGUCUGGCGCGAUGCCGGCGGCACUGUGGCGCGCGGGACUGCUGCUCAGCCUGGUCGCCGCGUGCGCCUGUCGGGGCGAGGCGCCGCCGCGCGGCUCCGCGGACCGAGCUCCCCGUGCCGCUUCGACUCCUCCGCUCCCCGGGCAGCCGGACUGCGUCCUCGGCGUCGUCGGCCGGCCCGUGGCGCUGCCCUGCUUCUACCCCGACAUACUCGCCCACGCCAACGUCACCGUCGAGUGGCGCCGAGGCGAGGAGGUGCUGCUGAGGUCCGAGCGGGGGGAGGGGGAGGGGGCGCGCGCGGGGGGCUGGAGCACCGACUGCGCGGCGAUCUCCGCCGACGCUGCGCGCACCGGGAACCUGUCUCUGGUGCUGCCGAAGGUCCACCCCAGGGAGGACAACACGUCCUACAGCCUGUUCAUGGCGUCGGGGGCCAAUCGAAGUGCGCUCCUGUGCACCGUGUGCCUCCGAGCGGCAGCCAGUUUCAGCACCCCGCUGCUGCACAGGCAGGAGGCGGAGCGGGGCGAGGGCACCACCUUCCUCUGCCAGUCCGGCGGUGGCUUCCCCGCGCCUGCGGUUCACUGGCUCAUCGAUGACACCGCGGAGCCCCCCGAGGGGUCGGUGUGGACCCUGGCCACGUCCCUCCCCGACUCGCGCCUCUACAACAUCACCAGCCGCCUGACGGUCAACAUCUCCAGAGACUCCAGCGUGUCGUGCAGCGUGGAGAACGCGUCCCUGAACACGACCGUGACCUCCACGAGCUAUGGCGUGCGCGUCGGCCCGGUGCACAGCAGAGCAUCGGAGGCCAUGUGGAUCUUCAGCACGGCUCUCUGCGUGGUGGUCGGCAUCAUGGUGAUUGUGGGAGUGGGCUACCAGAUCCACCUGGACAGGAUCAGUAAGCGGAAGAAAAAGGAAUUCCAUCGACAGCUGAGCACAGGACACAGCAGUCAACAUCCGUGCGAGGAGGAGGAGGAGGAGGCCCAGGCGUUGAAGCUGGCGGCCAUAGAGACGGAUGUUUGAAAUACUCCACAUCUGUGACUUUUACAGCCAGAUGCAACAGAGCACUGAUACGUACACAUUUGGUGUUUGUGUGUGUGUUUGAGAGAGAGAGAGAAUGUGUGUGUGUGUGGGGUGGAUGGGGUUGUAAUGUUGAUACACGUAUAGUUACUAUAAUGAGCUCAUCUCACCUCUUCACUUUCUGGAACAUUGUUUUAUGUUUGCUGGACAAUCCUUUUUCUCACGGGGAGAAGUUUUUGAGUUUCAAGAUUUAUUAAAGAUUCCCAAACCCAAA